AUGGCUACCGCUUCAGCUUUCUCCUAUGCCCAGGCCGCAAAGGGCCAAAAUUCCAAUCCCGAAUCACCUCAGUCUACCUCCCAGGCCGCAGAUUCGCUCUCCACGGUUCCUACGUCCGCCGCUACCUCGCUGGAUGACGCCUCUCUCGCCGACUCUGGCAGUCAUGCCAAAAUUGCCGCAUCUGCCGAAAAGCACGACGCCGCUUCUGCUGACAAGCACGACGCCGCCAGCACAGUCGGUUCCGAGAGCGAUAUCCGCUCCGAGUCCGUCCUUUCCAGACGUACAGAUGCCCGCAGGGAUGAUGAACUGAGCAGAUUAGAGCGUCCCUGGCGUAGAAACGACAGGGAUGCCCCAUCAUCGACUCGAUCCGACGACGCCGACUCGAAACGCCGAAAGGGCAAGAACAAGGGCGACAAGUCUGCCGACGAGGAGCUGCCAAAGGUUGAGCUGACCGAGGCCCCCGUUCCCUCCGUCAACAUCUGGCAGCAGCGUCGAGAUGCCGCCGCCGCCAAGGUUGUCAGGCCGGAUGACGCCAGCAGCACCGCUGCCUCGGAAGACAUCAAACCGCCUCCCAAGGUUACCGACUUCGCCGGUGCCGUCAACGGCCACAAGACCACCACCCGCAAGCGAGCUCCCGCCCCCGUCGACGAUGCCAUGCUGUGGCCUACCCCCGAGAUUGCUGUCCAGGAAGACAAGGACACCAAGAAGAAGGAUACCAAGCCCGAGUCCAAGGAGACUCAAGAUGACACUGCCAAACCCCGCACCAAGGAGAAAUGGGUUACCUAUGAAUACGUUCCCACUGUCAACUUUGAGACGCAAUUACCACAGAUGCGUAACACCAAGCCUCGUGGUGGUGCCCGCAAUGUCAACGGUGGUCGCCCCAGCGCCCCCGCCCAGACUGGCGACAAGGCAGGCUCUGUUGCCCCUGCCCCCAAGACCAACGACAGAAGACAGAGCACGGCAAACGGCGCUCCUCGCACCGGCUCACAGCCCCCGAGCAAGAGGGCGUCCGUUGACGUCGCCACUCUCCGUGAGCAACGCAAGGUUUCUGGCAGCACUGCCAGUGAAAAGGCCAAGGAUGCCGCCCCCGCUGCUUCUGUUGAGCAGUCGCAACCACCCCGCGAACGUGCCGAAGGUCGUGCCGACAGAGGCCGCGGUGGAUAUCGGGGACGUGGCGGCCACCACACCAGCUCACACACUCAGCACCAGCACGCCGGCCCCUUCAACGGCAACGGCCCUGCCACCGGCCGUCCUCAGGGUCCAUACAGCCCGCCACCUCGUGGUGGUCACGGUCAGAUGUUCGUGCCCCCCACGCAGAGGGGACGCGGUGGCCGUGGCAGCGCUACCAACUUUCAUCGCAUGUCGCUUCCCGGCGGCCGCAUGCCUGCUGUCCAGACUCAGUUUGCAUCGUAUGAAUACCUUGUGGCCCCUAUGAGCGCCAUGCCCUACCAGCCUCAGCCAUACUGGGACAACAUGAUGGUUCCCGUUCUCAAGAACCAGAUUGAGUACUACUUCUCCAUUGAGAACUUGUGCAAGGACAUGUACCUCCGGCAACGAAUGGACUCGCAGGGAUUCGUUCCCCUGCACUUUAUUGCCGCCUUUAAGCGCGUUCGCGAGUUGUCGGCCGACAUUGGCAUGCUUCGCACGGUCUGCGAAAUGUCCAUGGAGAUCGACCUGGUCGUUGGCGAGGACGACGUUGAGCGCGUGCGCAGAAGUGAGGGCUGGGAGAGUUUUGUCCUCCCGCUGGAGGACCGCGACGAUUUGGCUAGAAACCAUGGCCCCGUCAAGCUUUCCUUCAAAAGCCGUCUACCGUACCCCAUGCCACCUCAGUAUAACGGCAUGCAGAUGCCUUAUGGCAUGCCCUCCCCACCUCCAUUUGCCCCACACGAGCAGUUUCAGCAGUUUUUCGAUCACCACGCCAUGAAUGGCGUCAACGGUAUUAAUGGACACAGCCAGAAGGGUUCGCAGCUUUCUGCUGCCGUGCCGGACUUUGCGCCAGCUGGGGCUCUUCAGACUCUCAAGCUCAACGGAACAGUCAAUGGCACCCACGAGAAGCAGAACGGUGUCUACGCCGGGGCCGAGGCUUGCAAAAUACCCGCAGCGGCUCUUGAACAAGAUUUUCAUCUAUAUUUUGUUGGCAUGAUGGUCAAAGCGAACAAGGCUUGUGAAUUUCGGGGACACACUAUGACCCAAGAACUUGGGUACCAAAAGUUGAAGAGGAAAAAGGUUGACCACGGCGUUUGCACCAGGCUUGUUUUUCAAACCGAGUCAUUGCAUCGAUUACAUGAGCUGCCGAGUCUGAAUGAAGACAGCAUCAUUGGAAACCCGACACCUUGGCUGGUUUUUCUCGGGAUUUUGUUUCUUUUUUCGUGUUCACCAUUUCACCGAGCGACGUUCGACGAGCCUCGGCCAAGUUCAUUUACGACAUCGACAUCGGAACACUGGAAGCGUGAUAUCAUGAAGGGAGUUUUGACUACCGACAGACUUAUCCUGUCGACAUACACAUUGGACCUCAACAUAUUAAAAAGCAGAAAAACAAAGAAGAUUUAUCGUUGA